ACAUGUUGGUUCACCAUUAAUCAAAAUAGAGUAUGAGACCGAGCUAAUGCAGGCUAAAAAUAAUUCUAUACACUUUCUAUGGAAGCCCAUCUUCUCCAUUAGUUUCAACAAAAAAAUUUUAUAUCCACGCGGUCGUAGGCUUUUCCUUUACUUUAUUUGACAAAACAAUAUAUAAAUCCCUUGACCACUAUGCAAAUAAUUCCUUCCCAUGGUCAAUCCAAAUUUGGCACCUGUACGGUACUACCCACCUAUAUAUAAGAAGCCAUCGGCAAACUUCACUUGUUAACAAAGUCAUGUUGUCAGGGCAACCUGUUCUUGAAGGUGGGUGAGACUUAACUUGAGAAAAGAUGAUCCGGAGAAGUGCUGCUUUAUUUACAACUCCUCUUACUUCUAAUUUUACAGGCACGGGUACGGCUUUUCUUCUCUUCACUAAUAAUGAUUGUGUGAUAAGUAGCAUUAUUCAAUUCCAUAGUCGAGCUUCCCCUAACGUCAAAAUAGAUGUAAAUCCAAGCAGACCUAGUAGAAUUUUAGAGCUGGAAAAGCUUCUGAGAGAUAGUGGUGGUGGUGGGAUUGGUAACAUUAAUGAUGCACUCAUUGUGUUCGAUAAAAUGCUUCAACGGCGACCCAUGCCUUCUAUUAUGUGUUUCAAUCAACUCUUAGGUGUGAUUGCCAAAAUGAACCAUUAUUCAACCGUUAUUUCUUUGUCUAAACAAAUGGGUACGUUAGAUAUUAUGCCUGAUGUUAGUACUCUCAGUAUUAUGAUCAAUUGUUUCAUCCAAUUGAAUCAAAUGGGAUGUGGGUUUUCUGUUUUUGGGAAAUUGAUGAAGCUUGGUUUUGAGCCGAAUGCAAAAACUAUGACCACUUUGAUUAAGGGGCUAUGCAAGAUGGAGAACACUAGUGGGGCUAUUCAGUUACUUAGGAAGAUGGAAGGAAUGUGUAAGCCUGACGUAGUGACAUUUAACACGAUAAUCGAUAGCUUUUGUAAGGAUGGCUUAAUUACAGAGGCUUUGAAUCUUUUCUCAGAAAUGAUUAAUAAAGGCAUUCCACCAAAUGUUGUCACUUACAGCUCCUUAAUACAUGGAGCGUGCAAUUUAGGCCAAUGGAAAGAUGCUACAAGAUUGUUAAAUGAGAUGGUGAGUAAAAAAAUUGAACCAAAUGUACAAACUUAUACCAUAUUGGUCAAUGCGUAUUGUAAAGAAGGAUUGGUUGAAGAAGCACAAGAUGUGGUUGAAGUGAUGAUUAAAAGAGGUUUACAACCUAAUAUAGUUACUUACUGUGCACUUAUGGAUGGAUAUUGUUUGAGAAACCAGUUGGAUAUGGCUUUUGAAGUAUUUAAUGCAAUGAUGAGCAAGGGAUUUGCACCUAAUGUCUUUAGUUAUAGCAUUUUGAUCAAUGGAUAUUGUAAGAGUAAAAAGAUAGAUGAAGCCAUGAAUCUCUUUCGACAGAUGCUUCUUAAAGGAUUGAUUCCUAAUACUGUUACUUUCACCACUCUUAUAGGUGGCUUGUUUCAUGUUGGGAAACCUCGGAUUGCAAAGGAACUCUUUCAAAAGAUGCAAGCCUGUAGAGUAAUUCCUGAUAUCCAGACUUGUGCUGUUUUGUUGGAUGGCCUAUGCAAAAACCAACGACUUGCUGAGGCAAUGGCAUUGUUUCAACAAAUGGAAAAAUGCAAGUUGCACCUCAAUAAUGUUAUUUACAAUAUCCUCAUUGAAAAUUUGUGUAAAGCUGGACAGUUUAAAUCUGCAAGGGAACUCUUUCAUAGUUUAUCAAAUAAAGGGUUGCAACCUGAUGUGAAGACAUACACUAUAAUGAUUAGAGGACUUUUUAGUGAAGGACUUACAAGCGAAGUGAAUAAGUUGCUUAAAGUAAUGGAAGAAAAUGGAUGCUCUCCAAAUGACUUCACUUAUAAUACAAUAAUCAGAGGACUUAUUGGUAAUAAUGAGAUGUCAAGGGCAAUUCAAGUUUUUCAUGAAAUGGUGGAGAGGGGUUUCUCUGCUGAUGCAUCAACCGCAGAGUUGUUAGUUGAUUUAUUGGCAGAUGGUAAAUUAGAUCUCGAUUCCCUGCCAUCGAUACAGAAGCUUCUGUGACCCUAUUUGGAUCUUUGGGUCAAUUUCACCCAUAAGCUCACAGUACUGCAGAAAGAGACGCUUCUAGUUAUUGAUUCACUGGCUCUAUUGGUGAUUUGUUCACGCACUUGUUUGCUUCCAAAACAAGAAUGGAUGUGAAGACAGAAUGAACAGUUGGUCGGGCAAUGAUUCCGGUUGAAGCAGAUCCAUCCUAUUCCUCAUCAGUCUAUCGUGAAUGUGGAGCAUUUUUCUUCCUUUCAGUCUUUAAACACACUCCCUAUGCCACUGUAGGAAUCUUAUGAGUCUUUUGUGGAUAAACAGCAUGGUGGGCCCAUUUAUAAUCAGGCAGGUGUGGGCAAGCAAUUCCUCCAGCAGUGUCACAACUGACAAGUUCUUAUUACAACAGAAGCUUUUGCCAAUGGAAAAUCUAGGUGGAAAGGAAAUUGCUUGUGUUAAAACAGGGCUGAGGCUAUCAUAGUUGAAGCACUUCUAAUAAGAUCCCUGCAAUUAGCUUAGUUAUUAGGGAAGUUACUUGGAAUCUUUUGCAGAAAGUUGAGUGCAGAUAGUGGUUGGUGUUGAUAAGCAGUGUGGCUAUUUCAGAGACAUGUUCAGAAAAGAGGAAAUGGUGACUGGUCUUUGAAACUGUAGUGGAUGAUAUAAGCUUAGUAAGUUAAUGAGUCUAGACAAAGCAAAAGGAGACUAUUUCUUAAAGGAAAGAAAUCUGCAAGAAAUGCUUCAAUUCUUUACUUACUAAAAAAUAAAAAACAAAAAAGAAGAAGAAAAAAAAAGCCUCAAUUCUUUAUGAACAUCACUUGGGAUUCCCACUGGAGGCCUCCAUUUUUUUUUCUUUUGUACCGCAGAUGUAUUUUUCUUUGUAUACUUAUUUGGUUUCUUUGUUUCAACAGUCGUACCAAAAGUUAUAGUUACUGUCAGAAGCGAAAUUGAAUUUGUGUUUACAAGGUUGAAAUAUGGAAACACUUUUUAUUUUUA